AAUAAAGCAGACGAUCACCCUUACCCCUGUUCCAGCAUAUUUUGAUGCUAAGAAGGACAUAAUCAUACAGCGUGAUGCAUCUAUGAAAGGCGGUACUACUGCAGGACGGAAGGCCUGUAUACUUUGCCACCAAAGCUCUAACUCCUACCUCAACCAACUAUAGCAACAUUGAAAGGGAAGCCCUGGCAGCAGCACAAAACUGAGCAAUUAUAUCCAAAAAAAGAUGGCCAGUGAAAAAAAUCUUUCCGACGAGGUGACACAUGCUUAUUGGCAAUACAGUAAUGAGUUUGCCAUACACAAUGGUAUUAUCCUGGAAGGUUCAAUGGUCAUUAUACGUAAACAAUUGAGAAGCCUGUCUCAUUGGCUUCAGUGACCAUAAUAACAUAUAGUUAGACACCAGAUUUGCCCUUUUUCAUUGGAUAUAAGUGAAGUUAUGAGUCAAUAUCAUAAUUUUGGCGGCCAUUUUGGAAAUGGCCGCCAAAAAAAUAUGUUCCGCCCUUUUUCUGGAGGUUCUCCCUCGCUCAAAUUCUUAUUUAUAUCCUAGUGAUGCUAAAUCAGCAGUGAAACCUUGGUCCCAGAACAAUGGUCACGGGGCCCCUGAUUUUCACUAUACUAUGGUGCCAAUUUUUAUAGAAUCUAUCAGCAGAUUUCCUGGAAACUCAGUGAAACUAUCAAUACCUAGGCACAAAAUGUAGUCUAGAGCUAAUAUAUUUCAUUUGCCCACAAUGAAACUUUAGGGGCAUCAUGUGGGCUAAGUGUCCUAACUGAGGUGUGAAUUUUCCAAAAAUCGAGAUAUAUACUUUUGUGAUAUUUUGGGUCAGAGGUCAAGGUCACGUGACUUGACCUAUAUAAUUCUCACUAGUCCGGACAUCAUUGAGUUGCAUAUCAUUGGAAAGAGAAUCUCUAUCCAACGGUAACAGAAUUUUCACCAAUACGUUGAGUUUCAAGAGAGAUAUCAGUAGUUGUCUGUCAGAAGAUAUAGAUUUAGUAGCAAGAACCGCAGUUACUCUUGCUGCUGUUGCCGUUACGCCAUCUUCUGGGUUUUACUAGAGCUGUAAUUACAGCUGGAUUCAUUCUAGCAAAAUGGAGAAGAAGAAGGAGAAGAAGGACAAGGAGGAGGAAGAGGAGGAGAAAAAAGAACAAGAACAGAACACAGAACAAGAAGAAAAGGAAAAGGAAGAGAAGAAUACUCAUAAAAAAUAUGCGAUAGGCCUAAUAAUAGGAGCGUUGACAGGAGCGUUGACUGGUGUUGCGGCUGUUAGUGUUGUUCCAUAUCUAUUAGGUUUUACUGCAGCUGGAAUUGCAGCUGGAUCCAUUGGAGCACAACUCAUGUCGGCUGCUGCCAUAGCUAACGGAGGAGGAGUUGCAGCUGGAAGUGUUGUUGCCAUACUGCAAUCUGUAGGGGCUGUUGGACUAAGUGCGCAAGGCAUAGCUCUUGCUGCUGCUGCUACAGGGGCUGCAGGGGCUGCAGGUGCUGUAGGUGUUGCAGGUGCUCUAGGAGCUAGUGGAGGCAAUAAAGGAGGAGGAAAAGGAGAUAAAAAAGAAGAAAAAAAAGGAGUGGAAGCAGAUGACGCGGAAGAAGAUGCAGAAAAAAGUGCCGCAGCUGUAGGUGGAGGAAACAUUGUCUUGCAAGGAGAAGGAAAAGGAGAAGAAAAGGGAGAAGGAAAAGAAAAGGGAGAAGGAAAAGGAGAAGAAAAGGGAGAAGAAAAGGGAGAAGAAAAAUGAGUAAAAUCAGAUGACUUGGAAGAAUAUGAAGAAAAUAAAGUGGUAGUAGAUAAUAAUAAUAGUAAUAACAAUAACAAUAAUAAUAAUAAUAAUAAUAAUAAUAAUAAUAAUAAUAAUAAUAAUAAUAAUAAUAAUACAGUAUUGAUUUGUAAUGUUUAUUAACAUGUAAUGAAAUGAUUAUGUUACUGUAUGUUUAAUGAAAGAAAAAAGAAAGAAUGGAAAUAAAUACUGAAUGAAUGAAUGAAUUAAAUAAUUAAUUAAUUAAUUAAUUAAUGAACAAUGAUGGUGAUGAAGGUGACUGUUAAUUGCGUUAAAAUAGAGUAAUAAAAUAUAAUAAACGGCGCCAAGUUUAAAUACAGUACUGUCAUGACAAAACUACGUAGAAUUAACGAAAUUUUCAAAUGUAAGGCCUAUAAAUGAAGUAACGGGACUGCGUCAAAAGGCUCCCAAGCAUUCUUUAGCAGACAGUUGUAGGCCUAGUAACAAGCCGCAGCCAAAAUUCUGUGACAAAUCAAUUUUAUGCCCAUAUUUCGGUGUACCAGUGGCGCCGAGAGGCCGGGGCAAUCGGGGAAAGUGCCGCGGGGCAGGGGCCCGGCAGGGGCCUGGGAUAACUAGGUAAAACGUAAUGAAAUAAAAUAAAUAAAUAAAAUCAUUAAACGUAUACAUUCAUCCAGUAUCAUUCAUGUUUUUUUCCUACGAGAAUUGUAAAUAAUACUGACCGUUUAUCGAUGAAAUCUCGUAAUUUAUCGCUUCUAAUUCUUUUUCAUGAAUUUGUUCAUGACUUCGACUACUCUAGAGUUUAUGUUUACAAUGUAUCAAAUAGAAAAUGUUUACGUUAUUAUUUAAUACUUAUCAAAGGCUUGGACCCUGACAUUGUCAAUGUAAGUUAGAAAAUACGAAUAGACCUAUUAGAGAUACGAUUGUCAAAUAAAUACUGAAUUUUUAUAUUAAACCAGUGGCGAAUUUAAGGGUAGCCCGGCCCCUACCCCCCAAGAUAUUCAAAAUUUAAAAAAAUUGAGAGAGAGAAAAAAAAAGAAAAUUCUACACUCGAAUUUAGGAGUGCCAUUUCCGGCCGUCCAAAGGUGUCAUAAUCAUAGAUUUUUAUUUUACAAAAUACUCACAAACUCCAUUGAAUGUAGGUUUGCUUACCACCCGUCCGCACCCUAGCCAGGCCACUUGUAGUUUUAUGCUCGUUGUUCUAUACUGAGCCACAUGGCAUCCAUGAUGCCAGUUGUGUUGUUGUGCGUGAUUAUAGAGAUAAUUGCAUUAUGACUGUUAUUCCAGGGAGAUGUAAAACAUCUCCCUGGUUAUUCAUAGGUAAAGUUUCUGCUUGCUAUAGAUGAAUUAUAUA